ACUUACAUUUCUUUUCCUGCAAAACUUUUGCGAGACGCUUCAUCGUUCAUCUUCUGUUUGUGAACUGUGGUAACAACUGGGGAUCUCUACAUCAAAUCUCUCAAAACCGAAAUCAGGUACUGUACCCAAACUUCUGAUUUUUGAGUUAAUCGAAGCGUUUCUCUCCUUUCUUCCUUUCUGUGGUUGGUUUAGAAUCCUCUGGAGGAAGUUAGGGUUAGAGACGAGAGGGAUUUGAAUGUGCAACAAAAAUGGGGGUUGUGGGUUUGUUUUGUUUUUUUGUUUUUUUUUUUGUUUUUUUUUUUAAAGAUCCUGACCUAUUCCUCCCCCCUACUUCGUGUAGAGUUUGAGAAAAUGUCGUCAGAAAGAUCAGAAAGUGUAGUAGGGAGUGAGGUGGAACCCUUGGACUACGGGAGGAUGGACACAGAGAGUAGUCCAUCUCCCACUGGUUCGGAGGAGACAGUAGAGGGGGUGAGAGGGGAUGAAGUGAUGGAGGUUGGUGGGGAUGAGGUGGCGGAGGUUGGGAGGGAUGAGGUGGUGGGGGUUGGGGUAGAUAGCAUACCCAUCACCGUAGUAGAAGUAGAAAGUAAUGGGGAGAGAGGUUAUGAUAGAAACGCAGAUAUAGUGGAGGAAGUGAAGCAGUACCGUUCUGAACUAAGGACCAGGGAUGACCUGUGUCACUUAGUAGAAACAUACGAGAUCUCUUCUCGGGUGUUAGUUAGGCCAGCUGGGGUAGAGGAGAGGGCAUGUUCUGCUCCUCGGGAUCACUGGAUGCCUGUGUAUUCCCACUACUUGUUAGCGGGGCUCAGGUUUCCACUUCCUGAGUUGCUAAUAGGGUUGCUAUUAGAUUACAAUAUAGGGUUGACACAGUUGGUCCCCAACGCAAUGAGAGUAAUAAUAGGGGGGUAGCAGGAGAGACAAGGGGUGGUAUUA